AUGGCGAAGUUUCAAAGUGAUUUAAAUUCUGGAAUUCAUUGCCCCGUACACGGAUGGAAACGUUCUUCAUUUCAUAUAUGUAAUUCCUCUCCUCCUUCUUCUAAGAAAUGUAUAUCUACUACGAAAUAUUGUUUAAAUAUCUUUAAAGAAUCCUCAAUACCCGGAGUUAACAAUAUAGCUGCUGCUAAAGGGAAAUUUGAAAGGUUUAUUUGGAUAUUUAUCGUUAUUUGUUGCUUGACUGGAUUCAUAUACCAAGUAACACUCUUUCUUCGACAUUAUUAUAACUAUCCUACAAGAGUACAAGUACUUGUUAAGACGGAAGGUUUAAUGGAGUUCCCUUCUGUAACGCUCUGUAACAACAACAGAAUUAGGAAGAGCGAAUAUUGUAAGUAUAAUAAGAGUUCGUGCUCUUCUGAUCCUAUAGAACUUGACGAAAUGAAACUGAAAGAAAAAGAAAUUCCCAAGUUACAACUUCAGCUUCUAGUUGAAGAUAGGCCCGAUAUUCGGAAGAUUUUGGGUCAUAAUAUAUCGGAUAUGAUAGUCUCGUGUACAUUUACAGGCAUACCGCCCAUGAAAGGAAGAGAAUGUGUCAACCGUUUUGAAUAUUUUUAUGAUCCGGAUUUCGGGAAUUGUUAUAGUUUAGAAUCGGUAGAAGACGAUGGAGACGCCCUAAGAGCUUCUGAAUCUGAUGUUUGGCAAGAAUUAAGUGAAUUAGUUUUAGUUUUGAACGUUGAAGAAGAUGAAUAUUUGGAACCGUCGAGAGACGUAGCCAUUACAGUUGUUAUGCAUACUACAGAUGUUUAUCCUGAUCCUUUUUCGGAAGGACACGAAAUUCGUCCGGGAUUUUCUUAUAAAUUUGGCGUACAAAAGACAUCCAUUCAGUUACUUCCACCUCCUUAUAAAACUAAUUGUACAGAAUAUAGUAAAUUGGAAUGGGAAAAGAACAACGAUAGGAUGUCAAAUACAAGAAUGUGUACUGCAGAAUGUUCCCAGUCUAUCCAAUUGAAGAAGUGUAAUUACAUUACUGAUGAAUUAAGUCUAUUUUUUGACGACGUUCCCUGGAAAGAUGGAGAGAAAGACGAAG